AAGCAUCGUUCAAGAAGUACAAAAAAAAGGAGGGGAGUGUGUAAAGGAGAGCGUUUAGAAGUAAAGGGCGUGGGGGGAACUGUAGACGUAGCAGCAGCCUUACCAUGUAAAUGUAAAGCUACCACCACUCGACCUUCUCGUCUCAUCCGUGGAACCUUAGGUGGGAGCGACCAAACAACAAAAUCCCCCCAAAACCAAAGGCCCCACGUCUCUCUCUGACUGUCUGAAGAAGCUCGUUCGGAGGAGCUUGACGAGCUAGAGAAGAAUGACGAGAAUGCCGCUGGGCUUGAGGCCCGUGGAGGACCUGGGAGCUCUCUUUCCCGAAUGGUGGGACAAGAUUAACGACUCCACUCGGUGGCAGGACGGGAUCUUCUACACUCUCUGUGCUGCAUACGCCCUCGUCUCCUCCGUUGCUCUGAUUCAAUUGGUAAGGAUUGAGUUGAGAGUGCCUGAAUAUGGUUGGACAACACAGAAAGUUUUCCAUCUUAUGAACUUCAUUGUAAAUGGAGUACGUGCAGUUGUAUUUGGAUUUCACAAGCAAGUAUUUGUAUUGCACCCAAAGGUUCUAGUUUUGGUCUUACUGGAUCUUCCAGGUCUUCUAUUUUUCUCUACAUACACACUCCUUGUCCUUUUUUGGGCAGAGAUAUAUCACCAGGCAAGAAGUUUACCGACCGAUAAGCUCAAGAUUGUUUAUAUUUCAGUUAAUGCUGGAGUGUAUUUUAUACAGGUUUGCAUCUGGAUAUACCUUUGGAUUGAUAACAACAGCGUUGUCGAAUGCAUUGGAAAGAUAUUUGUUGCAGCGGUAUCAAUUAUAGCUGCAUUGGGUUUCUUGCUAUAUGGAGGAAGGUUAUUUUUCAUGUUGAGACGCUUUCCAAUCGAAUCAAAAGGGAGAAGAAAGAAGCUUCAUGAGGUUGGAUCUGUUACAGCCAUAUGUUUCACUUGCUUUCUUAUAAGAUGCUUUGUUGUUGUUUUAUCUGCAUUUGAUUCAGAUGCAUCACUUGAUGUCUUGGAUCAUCCCGUUUUGAACUUGAUCUACUACAUGUUGGUCGAAAUCCUCCCUUCGGCUCUAGUCCUCUACAUCCUGCGGAAGUUGCCUCCCAAGAGAAUAUCAGCUCAAUAUCAUCCCAUCCGUUGAUAACGGUGCAUGAUCUUGGAUCUCGGUGUUCAUUUGCCCCAUCAAAAAUGAUUUUUCUUAUUGAGUUAGUUCCUACAAGAGUUGAGCAGUAGAAGGAGAGCCAAGAAAAUGAAAAAUCCAGAUGUUUAGUAUUCUGGUAUGGCUCAUGAUGCCGGCAAUUCUUUUUUCUUUUUUCCUUGUAUAUUACAAAGCUUUUUCCCCUUUUCUGGAGGGGAAUCAUUUCUUCAAUUCUCCUUGGGUCGUGAAUUCAAGAACCGGAUAUGUGAUAUUUUGGUCCCAUUUAGUUUUUGGAGUUUUGAUGCUGUAGGUCUCAAUUUAGUAUGUGGUUGGCCUUCAAAUCUCAUGGUGUCUGCCGAACAAUUUUUUAUAAGUAUAUAUUAAUUUGUCUCCCUA